UGGGAUUUUGUUCAAAAAGUCUCCUCUUUUUCUCCCUCCAUCUCUCUCUUUCCCUCGUUUUCUUUGGAAAUUGGAACCCUAGAUCCAAACAAGACAAGAGACGAAACCUUUAUCAUUGGAUCUCAGCUCCUCCAAGUCCAAAUCCACAAGGUAUCUUCAGAUGUAUUUGUCUCUUUUGUCUUUUUCAAUUCAAGGGAUCAGCUUUUGAUAGGUCGAAGCCUUUCUUUUGGAAGGGGAAACAACGAGAUCUGAUUUCAAAAUCGAUUUUUUUUGCCCACCUGAGUCGGAAAUCUGAACAAUUUUUUGGGUAAAUUUUGAGUUUUUGAUUGAAAAGGUAGAGCUUUGCUUAUGAUUUAUUGAGAAAAAAGGUAUCAUUUUGUGUUGAGAAAUGGAUAGCAAUUACUCUGCUAUUCCUAGGAAUAAUUCAUCCAUAGAGCUCCAAUCACAUGAUAGGAACAAUAGAGCAGCUAGUCAUUCCAAAAUCAAUGGUUUUUAUGAUGAUGAAGAUUUUGCACUUGAGGAGUUUGAUGAAUUGCCUCUCAUCCUUGUUCCUGAUUCUGAGUCCAAAGAUGUUGGAUCUGGUGUUCCUGGUGCUGUUUUCAACCUUGCAACAUCUGUUAUCGGUGCCGGGAUCAUGGCCCUCCCGGCUGCCAUGAAGGUCCUUGGCGUCGCGUUUGGUCUUUUCUCUAUAGUUGUCAUGGGCAUUUUGUCGGAGAUCAGCAUUGAGCUUCUUGUUCGAUUCUCUGUCCUUUGUAAAUCUUCGUCGUAUGGAGAUGUUGUACAUUCAGCACUUGGAAGUUUCGCAAGAGUUGUCUCAGAGAUUUGUAUUAUUAUCAACAAUGCUGGUAUUCUUGUUGUUUAUUUGAUAAUCAUUGGAGAUGUGAUGUCCGGCUCUUUUGAGCAUGUUGGAGUGUUCGAGCAGUUGCUUGGACAUGGUUGGUGGGAUAAUCGGAAACUGGUCAUUCUCAUUGUGUUGGUUGUCUUCUUGGCGCCGCUUUGUGCUCUUCAAAAUAUCGAUUCCCUUAGCUUGACAUCAGCUGCCUCGGUUGCUCUUGCUGUCGUCUUUGUUGUUGCAUCGUGCGUCAUUGCUUCUAUCAAACUUGUUGAAGGUAGCAUUAAGACACCGAGAAUGGGCCCUGAUUUCGGGUCAAAGACAGCGAUAUUGGACUUGCUUGUGGUUAUUCCGAUAAUGACAAAUGCCUAUGUGUGCCAUUUCAAUGUUCAGCCGAUUUACAAUGAGCUAAAGGGAAGAUCACCACAUAAGAUGAACCGGGUUGGAAGGAUCACGACAGUCUUAUGUGUUGUAGUUUAUGCAUCAACUGCCUUAUCGGGGUAUCUGUUGUUCGGGGAUGAUACAGAGUCAGAUGUGCUUACCAAUUUCGACGAGAAUCUUGGUAUUCGAUUUAGUUUUAUUUUGAACUAUGUGAUUAGAAUCGGUUAUGUUCUCCAUCUGGUCCUUGUAUUUCCGGUGAUACAUUUUUCUUUCAGGCAAACUGUUAGUGAGUUGAUAUUCAGGACUUCGGUUCCACAGAGCAGGACGAUGACAUUAGCUUUGACAACAGUGUUGCUUGGAGUCAUUUAUCUCGGCUCGACAAUGAUACCCAACAUCUGGGUGGCUUUCAAGUUCACCGGAGCCACAACCGGGCUCGCAUUGGGGUUCAUAUUCCCGUCACUUGUCGCUUUGAGAUUGGAUAAGCAAGGGAAGAACUUGGGACGUGCGACGAGAUUUUCACUGUGGUUGAUGUUGGUAUUGGCGGUGAUUGUUAGCAUCAUAGGAGUUGUUGGUAAUAUAUACAGCAUUAAAAAUCAAACUGGUUGAGCUUUGUCUUCUUGAUGUAUUUUUGCAAGGGAAUACAUGACCCGAAUUUGAGAUAAUAGUCUCCCGAGAACACUGGCAGAUGAUAAACCGAUUUAGAUCAAGGAUUACAUAUUUGUCACACGACCACCGAUCGGCAAAUGAAAAUUUAGAACACAAGAAUAUUCAGGUGAUGCCUUCAGUUUAUGUUUCCAAUUGGUUGAUUUAUUUACCAUUUCAUAUAGAGACAGUGAAGUGGUAUUUAGCUUCAUGUGGCAUUGAUUUUUGUUUUUCUUUGUUAAUAAUGUUUACUGCCAGAUUGAUCAUGUUAUGUUCUUUCUAUGAAAUAAUAGUUAUCAGAAACAUGGUUUUAUUUUCUUGAA